AGAAGAAAGCAAUGGAUAAUGACGGAUUCCGAAACCCUGCAACUCAACUUAACGAUGAUUAUGGUUUUCAUGAUUUCAACAACGAAGGAAAUCUAGGCCAGUUCAUAGAUCUCAUCAGAGGACAAAAUACAGAGCCCAUUACUAAUUUCAAUCCAGCUUAUGAUGCAGCAGCAGCAGAGCUCUUGUUCUAUGGUGGGUUGGUUGAAAACCAAUUUUGUACUAGUUCUACUACCACUACUACUCCUCCACAAGGGAACAUGUUUGAUUUCAAUUCCAUCAACACUUCAGACCCAGAGUAUAUUCUCAAUGGGUUGCCACUCCUUGGUGGUGAAGACGUUGGAUUCGAAAUGGAAGAUGAUGAGUACGACGAGGAUGAUUCAUCGGCAACGACAAACAAUGGGCUUUCGCAAGGAUCGAAAGCUGAUCGUUCCAAGACCUUGGUUUCAGAGCGGCGAAGAAGAGGUCGAAUGAAGGAGAAACUCUAUGCUUUGCGCUCGUUGGUACCUAAUAUUACUAAGAUGGACACGGCCUCCAUUGUGGGAGAUGCAGUAGAAUACGUGAGAUGUUUGCAAACAGAAGCUAGGAACUUAAAAGCUGAAAUUGCAGGGCUUAGAUCAUCGCUAAAAUGUGGAGAAGGGACUCCACAAGAUUUGGGUGAUAAUCCAAAGAAAGCCCAAGCUGGAGAGAAGAAGAAUCCAAGUUCCAAAAAGAUAGUGCAGAUGGAUGUGUUCCAAGAAGAGGAAAGAGGGUACUACGUGAGAUUGGCAUGCAACAAUGGAGAAGGAGUGGUAGUAGCUCUUCACAAAGCACUUGAGUCCCUAACGCGAUUUGAUGUUCAAAGAUCCAACUUCUCUGUGGCUUCUGAGAGAUCAGUUAUGACAUUUAAGCUCAAUGUGAAAGACCGCGGGGAGGAGAUGAACAUGUCUACACUGAAGAUAUGGGUUACGGGGGCUCUUCUCAACCAGGGAUUCGAAUUCAAAACCCCAGUAGCUUCUUGACACAUAUACACACACUCUCUCUUUCUCUCCGGAUAUUGAUAUCGAUUAGUAAGAUUAGCAUCAUCCAUAUUUUGGAUUCCUACACAACAAGAUUGUAAAAGUAUUUUGA